ACGCCACUAAUCACGUGACAAGCACGGGAAGUUGCUUUUUCAGUAUUACUGAAAGGAUCCCGUAUACUGAGGCGCGAGAGCUGCUGUUCACCUUUAUAAUCCUGUUGUUACUUGAAGAUAUUUUUACGUCAAUAAGAAUUAUUUCAAAAUGGACUUCAGGAAGGAUGAUAUGUGGGUUGAUGGUAGAUACGAGUAUGAGCGACUUCCUAGACAUCGUCUUCCCCCCCGUGAGAUGCCUCCUGAUGAUGAUUAUCACAGAGUGGUAAAUAUUGUGCAAAGAAGACCAGAAGAAGAUGAGUAUAAUGCUUACGAUGAUUAUGGUGACCCUGACUACAGAGACUAUGAGCUACCACAAGGCUAUGGUUCUGAUCGAAGAAGAGGUACCCCAUACAGAGGAGAUGAUACAGGAUACAGAUGGCCUAGAGGAGGAGAGUCCCAUAUGAACCGUCAUUCUGAAUACAGGCAAACCAGAGAAGGCUUCAGACGAAAACCAAUUUAUCCUCCUGGGGCAUACGCAAGAGAGCGCUCACCACACAAAAGAGAGUACUUCCGGGAAUCUCCCCAUAGUCGAAAGGAAUCACCACACAGUAGAUCUGGCUCCAGUGUCAGUAGCAGAAGUUAUUCACCAGAAAGGGGAAAACAUUUUUCCUCCCAUCAACAUAGCAAAAGUAAAGAAAGAACCAUUCCUUUGAAAUCACCUAAAGAUUUAUCACCUUCUAGCUCAGCAGCAAUUCCUCCUACAAAGGGUACGGAGUUGGAGAAGAGUAGCUCGCUAUCUGACAUCGCUCUUGUAGAAGCUGCUUGCAGAUUGGUUGCUGAAAAAAUAGAGAAGGCGUCUGAAAGUAACUUGCCCGAACUUGCUAAUGAAUUUGCUGUGCAGUCCUCUGAAAUGUAUGAAGAUCAAUCUGCAGACAUUGAGGCUCAUACAUCUGGAAAUUCAGAAGUUUUUGAAAUCACACCACAUAGCAGCCGCACAAAAGCAAUUGCAACAAAGACAAAAGAAAUCGAAGAGGUCUACAGACAGGACUGUGAGACAUUUGGCAUGGUGGUGAAGAUGCUGAUCGAUAAAGAUCCUGCGCUUGAAAAGUCAAUUCAGUAUUCCCUGAGACAGAAUUUGAGUGAGAUUGGAGAAAGAUGCAUUGAAGAGCUGAAAAUGUAUAUUGCAGAAUAUGAUGUAGCGCACCAAGAAUUACCAUAGUGUGGUUACCAUAACAACCAUUACUGUUGAUUUUAAUUUGGAUUGCCUUUAUUAAAAUAAUUUAAAUAUUUUGGAUAUUAGGAAAACAUGAAAUGCACAAGACAGUUUUUCAAUGGUAAUAUAUAGGAUUUUGCUUGUUACAGACUAUUCCUUUGUUAGAUGUAAAUAUUUUUGAGCAGAUAAAACCCAAAUUUGUUCCUC